AUGGCAGAAACAAAUGAAUCUGGUGCAAAUGUGACUGGAAAUGCUUACGCAGAUCCUUACUAUAUGGCCAACUCUGGCCAUAAUAGUUCUAAUCAGCAACCAGAAAUCAUCAUUUUUAACGGUGAGAACUACCUAAACUGGACCAGGAGCAUAAGAAUGGCUUUGGGUUCGAGGAACAAGCUGGGAUACAUUGAUGGUAAGCUGAAGAGGCCAAAACCAGGUCAUGCAGAUUAUGGGAAGUGUCUCAUUUACUUGGAAACUUGCAAGGAGUUAUGGGAUGAAGUCAAGGAGAGAUAUGGGCAGACUAAUGCACCUUUGCUCUAUCAACUUAAGAAAGAGCUGAGUGACUUGAAGCAAGAGAAUCAAGCAGUUGGCAAUUUUUAUUGCAAGCUCAAGAAUUUAUGGGAUCAUAUUUCUUCUAUUGAAGGAAUACCAGAGUGUACAUGUGGAGCAAUGAGCAAAUGCACAUGCAACAUUAUGAAGAAAUUGGCUGAUGUAGAGUCACUGAACAAGCUCAUUCAGUUCCUGAUGGCAUUGAAUGAAGGUUUCGAGAACAUAAGAGGAAACAUUCUUGCAAUGGAGCCAUUACCACCAGUGAACAGAGUUUUUCAUCUUGUUCAACAACAAGAAAAACAGAAAGAAAUCACUGGAAACAUGAGCACAAAUACUAAAGUCAGUGUAAUGAAUGUGAAAAGACAACCAACAAACAAUUGGCAGAGAAGAGAAUUCGAGGAAGCCAAAAUGAAGAAGAAAUGUGACCAUUAUUGCUUGAUGAAAGGUCACAUUAAGGAAGAAUGA